UGGUCAAGGUCAAGUGGAUACCAUCCUUGCUCUGCAGAUUCAAAAAUUCCAAGUCAACAACGGAACGAGGAAACUGAGUUUCCCCUGUUUGUCUUCUACAUUCAUUCUACUCUCUGCCGCUUUGCAUUUCCACCGCAACUUUCUUCUCAUACCUCCAAUCAAUCUGCCCCGCCAUUCUCUUCUCAAUUCUAUUCCCCUCUCAUCUUAAUUACCCACUUCAAUUUCCUUAUGUAAAUUCGAAAACUCUUAAUUCUUAGCUAUCCUCUGCUUCCAUGGCUUCCCUCUGUUUCCCAUUCCUACCUAUUCUUCUACUUCUGCUUCCUUUUUUUCCCCCAUCCUCUACUGUUGCUCAGAAGCCAAACCCAAAUAUAACUUUAGGCACAUCUCUCACCGCUCGUGACGGCGAUUCCUUCUGGUCCUCUGCAUCUGGUGAUUUUGCUUUCGGUUUCCUACGCCAAUCUGAAGGGGGAGACUAUUUGUUGGCAAUUUGGUUCAACAAAAUUGCUGAGAAAACCGUGGUUUGGUCUGCUAAUCGGGACAAACUGGCACCGAAGGGAUCUACUGUUUUACUUUCAACAAGUGGUCGGCUCGUCCUCAACGACCCUGGAGGCAACCAAAUUUGGCCUACAACUUCCUUUGCUACUAAUCAAUCUGUUUCCUAUGCAACCCUUCUUGACACUGGAAACUUCAUUCUCGCUUCUAAGAACUCUGAAAUUCUGUGGCAGAGCUUCGAUUAUCCUACCGAUACGAUUUUACCGUCACAGAUUCUUAAUCGGGGGACCAGUCUGGUUGCACGAUAUACAGAAACGAAUUACUCAAUUGGAAGAUUUCAACUUACGAUGCAAAUUGAUGGGAAUCUCGUGCUUUACACCAGAAAUUUCCCUACGGAUUUAUUAAGUAACAGUUAUUGGGCAACUAACACUGUGAACUUCGGCUUUCAACUCGUCUUCAACCUCUCUGGUUCGAUUUAUCUCAUCGCAGAGAAUAAAACCAUUCUUAACACUUUGUCAUCAAAUAAUCCUCCAACUCAAAAUUUCUACCAUCGAGCGAUUCUCGAGGAUGAUGGGGUUUUCAGACAUUAUGUUUACCCAAAGAGGGGUACUGGAAGUAAUUCGUCUUGGGCUGAAGCUUGGUCAGUAUCCAUAUCCAUUCCUUCCAACAUCUGUAUGGCAAUUAAUGAAGGUUCGAACAGUGGAGCAUGUGGGUUCAAUAGUUACUGCAGGCUUGGAGAUGAUCAAAGGCCAUUUUGUACUUGUCCACCAGGCUAUGACUUGUUUGAUCCAAAUGAUGUGACCAAAAGUUGCAAACCCAAAUUUGUCUCUCAAAGUUGUGAUGAAUCGUCUCCCGAAACAUAUAACUUCGAUUUUAUUCCUCUGGAAAACGCAGAUUGGCCUGAAGAUGAUUAUGGAUAUUUCCAACCAGUAGAUGAGGAUUGGUGCAGAAACGAUUGUUUAAGAGAUUGCUUUUGUGUGGCAGCCAUUUUUAGAAAUGGUUAUUGUUGGAAGAAGAAGUUUCCGCUUUCGUUUGGGAGAAUGGAUUCUAGUGUUGGUGGAAGAGCUCUUAUCAAAAUCAGGAGAGACAAUUCUACUCUGCAAUCUCAAAACUUUGACAAGAAUUGUAGGAACAAAACUAAGAUAGUCAUUGGGUCGGUUUUGUUAGGAAGCUCUUUAUUUCUAAAUAUCCUCUUGUCACUUCUCACUUUAUUGAUUGGCUUCCGAUUCAGUAAAAGAAAAUCAAAGGCUGUUGGAAGAGACCCUUUCAUUUCAGGUGUGAAUUUGAGGGCUUUUAGCUACGAAGAGCUCGACAAGGCCACAAGGGGAUUCAGAGAGCAACUGGGAAGUGGUGCAUUCGCUACGGUGUAUAAAGGUACUCUUGAUUCUGUAGAGGACAACAACUUGGUGGCAGUCAAGAAGUUGGAGAAUAUAGUGAGUGAGGGAGGAGAGAAAGAAUUUAAAGCUGAAGUGAGUGCUAUUGCUCAAACAAACCAUAAGAAUUUGGUUAAAUUGGUUGGUUUUUGCAACGAAGGAGAACAUAGAAUGUUGGUGUAUGAGUUCAUGGAGAAUGGGUCUCUUGCCGAUUUCCUGUUUAGGCCUUCAAAACCAACUUGGUAUUCUAGAAUUCAACUUAUUUUGGGAAUUGCUAGAGGGCUAAGUUACUUACACGAAGAGUGUAGCACUCAGAUCAUUCAUUGUGAUAUCAAGCCCCAAAACAUUCUCCUUGACGGCUGUUUUGGUGCAAAAAUUGCAGACUUUGGAUUGGCCAAACUUCUGAAGAAAGACCAAACUCGAACCAUGACUGCAAUUAGAGGAACAAAGGGGUAUGUGGCUCCGGAGUGGUUCAGAAGCAUGCCCAUUACAGUGAAGGUUGAUGUUUAUAGCUUUGGGAUUUUGUUAAUGGAGAUGAUCUGUUGCAGAAAGAAUUUUGAACUGGAAGCAGAGAAUGAAGAUGAAAUGAUACUGACGGAUUGGGUUUAUGACUGCAUGAAAGAAAGAAAAAUGGAGAAGUUGAUAAAGAAUGAUGAGGAAGCAGAGAAUGAUAUGAAGAGAGUGGAGAAGUAUGUUAAGAUUGGAAUUUGGUGCAUUCAAGAGGAGCCAUCACUAAGGCCACCCAUGAAGAAAGUGAUACAGAUGCUUGAAGGUGCAGUUGAGGUUUCAACUCCCCCUGAUCCAUCUUCAUUUAUCAGUGCAUUUUAACAACAACAUUGGCUCUCUCUUCUUUCAUAUUGUAUGAAUAACCUAAUGACUUAGCUAUUAUCAUAUACUCAUAUACAUGAAAUAAAAAAAAAAAAAAAAAAAACAUAGACAUGCCUUCUUUCAAUUCCUACCUCAUUUUAUAAUGAAAAAAACUUGCACCUAUCUUGGUGCAACUCAGAUUGCACACUAGUGGAACUCUAA